AUGAAGGAACCCAGUGUCGAUGUAAGCGGGGCCGAGGUUGAGGCUGAAGUUGUUGGGGGAGUAUUCUCAUCUCCUCUGAAGCGCAUCACUUUCUCUUCCUCCUCACGACAGGCCUGCAGAAAACUCCAUAUUGUAGUCGGGGUCUUCUGCAUCCGUGUCUUCAUAAAAGGUUGUCCAACAAUUGCACCUCGUCAACAAUUUCUACUUGCCUUAUGGAAAAUGACCACAAUAGAUUCCUAUAGAUCCAUCUGUAAUCGGUUCAACAUUGAUAAAGCUACAGCAUUGAGAGCUGUGAGAAGAGUUACACGAAUUCUAAUCAUAGAAGCUCCUCAAUUUAUAUCUUGGCUUUCAUAUAAAGAGGCACAAAUUAUAAUGCGCAAGUUUGAAGAAGCCAGGGGAUUUUUAAAUACAAUUGGUGCUAUAAACGGCACUCACAUCAGAAUUGAAGCAUCCAAAGAAAACCCAGUAAUAAUACAUAAAUUGGAAAGAAUAUCAUUCCAUCCAGUUGCAGACGGUGUAUGAUCACAGGGCCUUAAUCACUCAUUAUUAUGUUGGCCACCCAGGAUCUGUUCAUGAUUAAAGAAUUUUUAGUCAGAAGU